UCGUCACUCAUGACGACAUCGUUUUUGUAGUUCACAUGAACAUGCUAGGUGUUUUUAAGUGCAAGAAACUAUAGUAGUAAAUUUAACAGAGAAAAAAAGAAAAAAUUGACAAAAUUGAAAUGAUAGUAACAAUAUUUUGGUGUGCCAUAGCAAUUACUUUGUUUGUGUGUCUAUGGAAAGUAGUAAAUUGGGUUUGGUUCCAUCCAAAGAAGUUGGAGAAAUUGUUGAGGAAACAAGGGCUAAAUGGGAAUUCUUACAGAUUUUUGUAUGGGGAUAUGAAAGAUCUUACUGGGAUGAUUAAGGAAGCUAACUCAAAGCCUAUGAAUAUGGAUGAUCAUGAUUUAGCACCAAGAAUGGUGCCUUUCUUUCUUGAAACCAUCAAGAAAUAUGGGAAAAAAUGUUUCACAUGGAUGGGUCCAAGACCACAAAUACUAAUCAUGGAUCCUGAGCUUAUAAAGGAAGUACUUUCGAAAACCUACGUGUAUCAAAAGCCUCAUGGAAAUCCGUUAGGCACGUUAUUCGUACAAGGAUUAGUAAGCUAUGAGAAAGAUAAAUGGGCCAAACAUAGAAAAAUCAUCAAUCCCGCGUUCCAUCUAGAGAAGUUAAAGCAUAUGCUUCCAGCUUUUUACUUGAGCUGUAGUGAGAUGCUGAGCAAAUGGGAAGACGUUGUUCGAGUUGAAGGCUCUCAUGAGAUAGAUGUAUGGCCUCACCUGCAGCAAUUGACUUGUGACGUGAUCUCUCGGACAGCUUUUGGCAGUAGUUAUGAAGAAGGUAGAAAGAUUUUUGAACUUCAAAAGGAACAAGCUCAGCAUUUUCUCGAAGUUAUACGCUCAGUUUAUAUCCCAGGAUGGAGAUUUUUGCCAACAAAGAGGAACAGAAGAAUGAAGGAAUUAAAAAACGAUGUUCGGUCCUCAAUUAGAGGUAUUAUCGAUAAAAGAUUGAAGGCAAUGGAAGCAGGGAACGCGGAUAAUGAGGAUCUAUUGGGCAUAUUGCUGGAAUCGAAUUUUAAAGAAAUUGAACUGCACGGUAACAAGGAUUUUGGAAUGAGUAUCGAAGAAGUCAUUGAAGAAUGCAAGCUAUUCUAUUUUGCUGGUGCAGAAACUACAUCAGUGUGGAUUCUGUGGACGCUGGUGUUGUUGAGCAGACAUCCAGAUUGGCAGGAACGGGCCAGAGAAGAAGUCUUGCAAGUGCUUGGGAGUCGAAAACCAGAUUUUGAUGGAUUAAAUCAUCUAAAAGUUGUAACAAUGAUCUUGUACGAGUCGUUGAGGUUAUAUUCCCCAAUAACAGUACUUACACGACGAGUUUAUGAAGACAUUACACUAGGAGAAGUAUCUCUACCAACUGGUGUGCUAGUCUCAUUGCCAAUGAUCUUAUUGCAUCAUGAUAAAGAUAUAUGGGGUGAAGAUGCAACCAAGUUCAAUCCAGAGAGAUUUAGUGAAGGAAUAUCAAGUGCAACAAAGGGUCAAGUUACAUAUUUUCCAUUUGCUUGGGGUCCAAGAAUAUGCAUUGGACAAAAUUUUGCCAUAUUAGAAGCAAAGAUGACUUUGUGUAUGAUCCUACAAAGCUUCUCUUUUGAAUUGUCUCCAUCCUACACACAUGCUCCUCAAUCCUUGGUAACCACUCAGCCUCUGUAUGGUGCUCCACUUAUUUUCCACAAACUAUAAUUUCAUAUCUCGUGAAGAGUUUAUUCAGACUCGAUUCAGUGACGGAGUUACAAUAUCAAAAUACGGGUUCAGAAACAGUUUCUCUAUUUCAUAAAGACAGGGGAUUAUGUGUUGUACUCCCCACUGUCCCCUGACCCUCAUGUUGGGUAUGUUGUUUUUGUUAUUCUGACAAACUCAGUAGUUUUGGUUAAAAGCUUGCAUUUGUUUGAGCAAAUCCACUAAAAAUACUACACAGCAUCCGUGCUAGCACGUGCCCAAUAUAUAUUGCUCUCUUAAUUUCAAAUUAUGUGACAUAGUUGAAAUUUGGAGAAUUACCUCUAUUUUUUUUAA